UGACUCGGUGGGCAGGUGUGUACCCACCAAUUCAAACAACACGGUUACACGCAAACUCCGAGAAAAUCCCCAAAUCACAUAAAAUUAGGGUUACGAAUCUGGGAAAGUUGUCUCUCCUUUCACCCUAAUUCGAUGUCUAUAGGUUUCAGGAACCAAGUGAUGCGGUCGUUCUCGUGGAUCAUCAUCCCCUCACUCUUAUUGCUAUUCUGCUUGAUCGGCUCCUCACAAGCAGCGGGCGAGAAAUCGAGCGGCGACGUCUGCAAUACGGUUUCGGAUCCGGGCGGGUGCCCAAUAAACUGUUUCCGGGCGGAUCCGGUUUGCGGAGCCGACGGAGUCACGUACUGGUGCGGUUGUCCCGACGCGGCGUGCCACGGAGCUCGCGUGGUGAAAACGGGAGCCUGCGACGCGGGUAACGCGGGAAGCGCUUCUGUACCGGGCCAAGCUUUGUUACUGAUCCAUAUCGUUUGGCUCUUCUUGCUCGGACUCUCUCUUCUCGUCGGUGCUUUCUGAAUGGUUUCUCUUAAUGGAUUUGCUUCAUUUGUUAUAGUUUUGCUUUGUUGCGUGCAAAAUAAAUCUCGUAUUGGUUUUCGUGAUUGUUUCCUUCAAAAGGAUGAAUCUUUUUCGUUUGGGUUGUCUUUAGCCA